CAGCAGGCAGUGCAGCUUAGAGACGCUGACAAAGGACCCGAACUGCAGUCGCAGCUGCUUUCCAAGGAGCCGAUGUGGCCGAGAUUGCCAAAAUGCUUUGGAGCUUUUAACUGACUUUAAGAAAAGUCCAAAGUAGACUUGAGACUGUACAAACAGAAGCCACAGCAAGGGGGAUUCAGUGCCAAUGCAUCAACAAAAAAGACAGCCAGAGUUAGUGGAAGGAAAUCUUCCUGUUUUUGUAUUUCCCACGGAGCUCAAAUUUUAUGCCGAUGACCAGUCAACACAUAAGCAAGUGUUGACUCUGUAUAAUCCUUAUGAAUUUGCCUUAAAGUUCAAAGUUUUGUGUACUACUCCAAAUAAGUAUGUUGUCGUUGAUGCUGCAGGUGCAGUAAAGCCUCAGUGUUGUGUGGAUAUCGUGAUUCGGCACAGAGAUGUACGAGCCUGUCACUAUGGUGUGAUAGACAAAUUCCGUCUCCAAGUUUCUGAGCAAAGUCAGCGGAAAGCUUUGGGAAGGAAAGAGGUUGUGGCUACCCUUCACCCAUCUGCGAAAGAACAGCAAAAAGAAGAAGAGGAGAAAAGAAUAACGGAACACUUAACUGAAAGUGUAUUCUUUGAGCAGUCCUUUCAACCAGAAAACAGAGCUGUCUCCUCAGGGCCCAGUUUACUAACGGUCUUCCUGGGAGUGGUAUGCAUUGCAGCACUGAUGCUUCCUACGCUGGGGGACGUGGAAUCGCUGGUGCCUCUCUACCUCCACUUAAGUGUGAAUCAGAAGUUAGUGGCUGCUUAUAUCCUAGGUCUUAUCACAAUGGCUAUUCUUAGAACAUGAGUAAGGAGUUCAGUUGACUUCUGAAGCAAAUUUAUCAUGAAAAUAUGAAUGUGGACUGCCUUUUAUCUUGAUUUCACUCCAUUAACAUGCUACAAACUAUUGAAUGACUAAUAAUGAUUGCAAAUGCAUAAUAUAUAUUUUAAAUUACUCUAUAAUUUAUUCAAAGGACUCCAGAAUAUUAUGAUACAGACAGAAUGAAAGGACUCCAGAAUAUUAUGAUACAGACAGAAUGAAAUUAUUUGAAGAAAUUCUUUUUGUAUCUAAAUCUAUCAUGCAAAAGACUUUGAUUAAAACACUUGUUAUUUUCUCAUUGUUUUUCCUAAUUCACUUUUAUUGUUAAGGUCAUGUGUCCUUCAAAGUUGAAGGCCUAAAACAGCAAACUGAUCAUCGUAAAAAUAAAAUUAAAUUUAUUUCCUAGCUACCAUCAAUGUUACUAUGUAAGUCAUACCUUGUCCUGUAUACACAGUUGCCAUGAUGUUUCUAAAAUAAGAGUUUUGCAGUUAAUGUGUGGAGGGUAUAAAGAGAGCAUAAAUCAUGUUUAUCCUAGGGUUUCCUAGAAGACAGGACACAUUUAAUUCAUCUGGUGAACUACAAAAUAAGUUGUGGUCUGGACACCAAGGAUAUAGUUUUCUUUUUUUAAAGCUAAUAAAAGAAGGUUGACCUCUCUAUUGGUCCAGAAAUUCUAAAGCAAGGGAGACCUAGGUUCACCCUGACUUUACUUCUAGACAAUAUUUUAUGUUAAUAAGAGGAAAAUCAGUUCAUUGUUUCUCCCCAGCCCCUUGCCUGACUGUAAGCAACCAGCCCAGAUUGGGACGAUCAGAUGCUGGGUGGCUUAUGUGGAGAUGACUGUUCACCGUUAUACUCGAAGCCAAGUAUAGAAAAUCAGUGGUAUCUGUGUCUAUUUUCUAUGAGACACUGAGACAUUUUUUAAGUUUCUAUUUAUUAUUAAAACAACUGAACCAAAAAAAGUCCCCAAAGCACAACUAUUUACAUUUCUUUAUAGCCUCUUUUGAUCUCUAACAUAUAUUGUCGUUAUAAUUGAUCUUUGGUUUAGAAUUUAUAUCUGAGAGCACAAUGUAUUAAGAGUCUCUUGAAAAAUCAUCUUCCAGCUCUUUUUUACAGAAAGAAUUUAAUGCACUGCUACUGUUGUAUUCUCAAAGAAUAUACGUCACUAUAAAAUGUAUGCCUGAGGUUGUUUUCUGCAGGAAACGGUACUUUGCUUCUCAACUAAAAGCUUUUAUGUAAACCCUUUCCCAGAAAAUCUUUGUUGUUUAACCAUUUGGGAGCAUAAAUCAUCAAGUGGAUUGUGUCUGUACAUGGUGUAAUGACUGAAAAGCACAUACCUGUGAUCCGUUUUGAACUUGUAGAAACAGCUUCUGUUUGGAGGUUAUCUUUGUUUACCCAUCUCAAAGUCUUGUGUGUAUGAGUGUGCACAUGUAAGUGCAUGCACGUGUGUGUGAGGACACAUUGUAAAGAACAGACGUAACAAAAAAAAUAAAAUAAAAUG